CUCCACCCAAUCAGCGGCGGUUUCAGAGCGCCCGGCCGGGCCCGGCAGCGCCCUACGCCACCCUUUUGGCCACAGCUUUGGCCGGCCGCUUCUGAGGGGGUGGGGAGGGGGAAGGAAGCGAGGUGGCGGCAGACGGGCGCCGUCGCCGAAGGAAGAGGAGAAAGCGACAACACCACCACCGUUCCUGGAUGAACGGAGGAAAAUGAACAUUAUGGACUUCAAUGUGAAGAAGCUAGCGGCCGACGCCGGUACCUUCCUCAGCCGCGCGGUGCAGUUUACAGAAGAGAAACUUGGUCAAGCAGAGAAAACUGAAUUGGAUGCACACUUAGAAAAUCUUCUGUCUAAAGCAGAAUGUACUAAACUAUGGACAGAAAAGGUUAUGAAACAGACAGAAGUGUUAUUGCAACCUAAUCCAAAUGCUAGAAUGGAAGAGUUUGUCUAUGAGAAACUAGAUCGCAAAGCACCAAGUCGUGUGAAUAAUCCAGAAUUGCUGGGCCAGCACAUGAUUGAUGCUGGGAAUGAAUUUGGUCCAGGAACAGCAUAUGGAAAUGCUCUCAUUAAAUGUGGAGAAACACAAAAACGAAUUGGAGCAGCAGACAGAGAACUAAUUCAGACGGCUGCAAUAAACUUUCUCACCCCUCUAAGAAAUUUUAUAGAAGGAGAUUACAAAACAAUUACUAGAGAACGCAAACUAUUACAAAACAAACGACUAGAUUUGGAUGCUGCCAAAACUAGACUGAGAAAGGCAAAGGUAGCAGAAGCUCGAGCUGCACAACUAAACCUCUCACCACCUGAGGAAAAUAACGUUAUGGUAAAUGUCUCUUACAUGCUCAACUUGCUGCAUGUAAAAUGGCUGCAGGUUUGGGCAGAAGAAGUGACAAAAUCUGAACAGGAAGUCAGGAUAGCCCAGAGUGAGUUUGAUCGGCAAGCAGAAAUUACAAGACUUCUCUUGGAAGGCAUCAGCAGUACACAUGCACAUCACCUUCGCUGUCUAAAUGAUUUUGUAGAAGCUCAAAUGACCUAUUAUGCACAGUGUUACCAGUAUAUGUUGGAUCUUCAAAAACAACUUGGAAGCUUUCCAUCCACAUUUCUCGCCAACAACAACCAGUCGACUACAACCUGUGUUCCCAGUAGUUCUAAUACAACUACAGCUGCAUCCUCUGUCUCUGUCACAGCAUCCCUGUCUUCACUAAGCAAUGUAGCAGCUCCUUCAAGCUUUGGUGAACUGAAGUCAUCAAGUGGUAGUAGGAAAGCCAGAGUUCUUUAUGACUAUGAUGCUGCAAACAGCACCGAAUUAUCCCUUCUUGCCGAUGAGGUAAUAACAGUGUACAGUAUCCCUGGUAUGGAUUCCGAUUGGUUGAUGGGUGAACGAGGAAAUCAGAAGGGCAAAGUGCCUAUUACUUACUUAGAACUGUUAAACUGAAUAACUGGCUUUUAUAAAGACUGCCAGUGAUGGUGAGACCAUAUUUAUAUGCAAUUAACUUUAUAUAAAGCAGGUUUAAGUGUCUUCCAUGUUAAUGUCUUAAUAAUGAGAGUAUCUGCUAUUCACAAUGGGCUUUUCUGUCCAGUAUUGCAUGGUAGUGCUCUCUUCAGAUGUAAGUUUAAAUGCUUUUACUUUGUGUGCCAAGAUUAUUUCCUACAGAAUUUUGUUUCUACUGGAGUUUUCACUAACAACAAACUUCUACUUUUGAGUAAUCUAAACCUGAAAACAGGAGAAAUUGUUUCUACAGAACUUUUCAUAAUGCAGGCUUUUUCACAAACAAUAAAUUGUUAAACUGUGGCAGUCUUCUUUUUCUUUGCUGAAUAUAUUUUUAUGUUUGAUAUCUUAAAAGGGCUAAGGUUUCUAAAGCUACAAAUAUUAAAUACACCUCUGAAGGGAAAGGUAGCACUUCUACCUUUUUGUUGUUUCUGAGUUCUUUUUUGUCCAAUGUCUCUUAAUCUGGCUCCAAAUAUAUCCAAUAAGCAUUGCUCUUGAUAGUUUGCAAAACUAUACUCUCCCUUUUUACAGCGUAAUUAUAAGCUAGAGUGUAUGUUAGCACACCAGAGCUCAUAUCGGGCUUUCUUUUUCUAACUGUCAUAGCUGAAAAUAUCUGGAUUACAAAUUGUGGUUUAGAGAACAUUGAAGUCAAGAAAUGUGUGUUGAAGUUGAGAAACUGAGUUGAAAAUAAUUGGUAGUUAUAUGAAAAAAUCCAUUAUGCUUGAUCCUAGGGAGCAAGAGCAAACAUCUACUCACGAAUAGACUGGCAAAAGGACAGUGAGAAUUUAGUUCUGCUUAUUAAAUAUAAAAUGCUUUUGAAAGAAGAUGGGCACAUUUUCUGAAUGUCUGUUAUCACUCUUUGUGACAAGAACAUGUUAUGUUACAUUUGCUGUCUAAGCCAUUAGUUUCACAAUUCUUUGCUGUUCUUAUUUGGAAAGCUCUGAGUGAUCAACUAGUUGGCAUUCAUAUUGGCUUUUUAAUAUUGCUUAAUGUGCAUACUGUCAGAAGCCUGAAUCAUGUUGGUAGUUUCAGCUAGAAUAGGCUUGCUGGGUGAAUUAUUGUGUGGUUAAUCAGGUAAAUUGCCUUUGUUUGGUUACUCUUUAAUUAAAACUGCUAGAAGGAUUCAGGACACAGUCUCUAAUAAUACCUGUGCUUUGAAUAUUUGGUUUCAUGGGUGUCCUGAAACAAGCACCGAGACUUUGGAAGAAAGUGCAUGAAAAAAGCACAGAAUGAAUCAAGUACAAACUUCAUUUUCAUUUCCAUGGGUGACCUGCAUUCCUCUCCAGCUGCCCUUCAUCUACAUGGCAGGAAUAAUGUACUAAAACAAAUAUACUUAACACAUAGGUGUGGAGGAGAGAUUACGUAUAACCUGAUAUAUCAUUUUGGACCAGUUAUAAUACAUAGAAAGAUCCAUAUACAGGAAAAGGGGUUACAGUUCAUUUGUAAUCUACCCAUAAAUAUUUGCCAUUCAAAAUGUAGGGAAUGCCAAAUAUUCUACUCAUAUGAAAUAGUGAUAAGAAGAAGGGGAAAAGAGGAUUACACCUGAUCUUCUUGUCAGCUUCAUUGCUAUGCUUUGAGGAAAAGAAGUGGCUGAACUGUAGUAAUGGAAUGCACCCUGCACAGUGCAGGAUCCACACUGUGAAAUGCAGAACACAACAUGUUUUUGGCAUACUUUGUGCAGGAAGCAGCUCAAGCCCGUGACUAUCUCACUUUUCAUUUAUGGUGCUGAAUUCUAUAUAAUAUUGAAUUUUAUACUAAUACUUACAAUUCUUUUGAUCCCAUGUGUCUUGCUUGCAGAAGAGAGAGUUUACAUCACAUUUUCAAACCAUGUUGCACUUUCAAGUUCUAUUUUUCUCAUGGUUACUAUGUCGAUAAAUAAGAACUCACAUCAGAGUUUCUUUUAAUGAUUUAUUUCUGGGUUCACAUUUGAAGCUGUCUCUUCAAAGUUUGACAAAAAUGAGGGGGGAAUAUUCCUAUACUUUAUGGCAGGAGUAUGUUAUGACUUGUUCAAUUCAUUUUGUCUGUUUCCAUGUGAAAAAAUAUUAUUAAAUGUGUCUGUAAUAAUGUGAAGCUAAAGCAUAAAUUAUAGAAGUGCCAUGGACAUUUUUAGUGCCAGUUUUAUUACUCUAUACUGAAGUAAGAAAAGUAAUAUAGAUUGUUGUUUGCCUGCAUGCUUGGAAGUACUAAGGAAACAUCAAACCAGAACUAUCAUCUUCCAUUUGAUUUCCUUCUCUUUGAAUUAUUUCAUUUAAAGAUUUCUGAGUAAAUCAAGAGCUGGCUUGUCUAGACACCAAUGGAUCCAAUAAAUGUAUUGCCACACUU